GGUCAUCAAGGUGAACUAAAUAUUUACACACCCUAUUACUCGUUAUGCUUUCUUAACAUCCACACCCAAGGGACUCAGCAAUUGAAGAAGUAAAUAGACCUUUGUCAACAACAAUGAUGGGGAAACGGUCUCAAUCCUCAUUUAUACCAGCGGUUACACCUUCGUCCUUUAGCCAAGGAGAUUCACGACCCCCAAAUGCCUUUAUGACACCUCCAUCAAUGGGAGCGCCCAAUGUAAACAAUUCAAAUUCUCAGAUGUCUACUCUAACGAUUAGCCCCAUGGCGUAUGUUGCAAAUACAUCUACGGAAUUAUCUUUUAUUAGAGAAAAAAACUUAUCAACUGCUGGCCUCGAAUCAUUAUCGCGCGAAGAAUAUUUGCGAAUGUGGAGGCAUGAUGCAUUAAUGCAGCAACAGUACAAAUGUGCUGCAUUUGUUGGUGAGAAGGUCCUUGAUAUGACAAAGGACUCAAAUGAUGCAUUUUGGCUUGCACAAGUCUACUGUUGUACUGGAGAUUAUGCUAGAGCAAAAAGCUUGCUUACAAAAGAAGAUUUAUGUAAUCAAAGUUCGGCUUGUAGAUACUUAGCUGCCUUCUGUUUUGUCAAGUUGUUUGAUUGGCAAGGUGCCUUGGAAUUGCUUGGCGAAACAAAUCCCUUUAGUAAAGCAAACGGGAACAGUGAUAAAUUGCGUAUGCAAGACGGUGGAAUUAAAUUAGAAGCUUCAAUGUGCUAUUUGCGCGGUCAGGUGUAUACGAACUUAAGUGAUUUUGAUCGUGCUAAGGACUGCUAUAAAGAAGCUUUAAUGGUUGAUACAAAAUGUUUUGAGGCAUUUGAUCAAUUGGUAUCAAAUCAUCUUCUUACAGCCUCUGAAGAAUGGGAAUUGGUUUCUAAUCUUGAUUAUUCAACAUAUUCCAAAGAAGACUCGGAUUUUCUGAAAUCACUAUAUAUGUUACGCUUAAAUAAAACUUCCCAUGAACCUGAGCUAAGGGCCGCCGAGGAUUAUUUGACGUCCAUACCAGGGUUGGAAAACAAUGCUGAUUUAUUGAUUUCAAAGGCUGAAUCACUUAUUGUCCGAUCUCGUUUUGUUGAUGUUAUAAGUAUAACAUCAAAGAUAUUAGAAAGCGAUCCUUAUAACAUGGCUGUUUACCCAAUACAUCUCGCUUCUCUUCAUGAAAUGGGCGAAAAAAAUAAAUUAUUUUUAAUUUCUCAUGACCUUGUGGAUCGUCAUCCUGAAAAAGCUGUCACUUGGCUUGCCGUAGGGAUAUACUAUUUAUCUGUAAAUAAAGUGCAAGAAGCACGGCGGUACUUUUCAAAGUCAUCAACAAUUGAUCCCCAGUUUGGACCUGCUUGGAUUGGAUUUGCCCAUUCUUUUGCUAUCGAAGGUGAACAUGAUCAAGCCAUUUCAGCUUACACGACUGCUGCCCGAUUAUUUCAGGGUACUCAUCUUCCUUAUCUAUUUCUUGGGAUGCAACAUAUGCAACUUGGAAAUAUUUCAUUAGCUGAUGAAUAUUUGCGAAGUUCCUACUCUUUAUUUCAGUAUGAUCCCCUCUUACUUAAUGAAAUGGGAGUUGUCGCAUUUAAUAAGUCUGAUAUGCAGCAGUCCAUAAAGUUUUUUAAUUCUGCUUUGCAACUAGUAAAGAAAACACAAAGCAAUGAGAAACCGUGGGCAGCUACUUGGGCAAAUCUUGGUCAUGCUUACAGAAAAUUAAAAAUGUUUGACGAAGCGAUCGAUGCGCUUGAGCAAGGACUUGUUCUGUCUACUCAAGAUGCGAGUAUACACACCGCAAUAGCAUUGGUGUAUAUGCACAAAAAAAUGCCUGGUCUUGCAAUUACUCAUUUGCAUGAAAGUCUGGCAAUUUCACAAAAUGAAAUUGUUGCCUCCGAUCUUUUGAGACGAGCCCUUGAAGAAAAUUCCCUGAUACCUGCUGUCCCUGAUGAAUUGGUUUACGAAGAUGCGGUCAGCGAAUAUAUGCAACAAUCCACUAUCAAUGCGAGUAACGGCAAUGUUAUAGGAUACCAUUCGCCUCGCUUUGAUGAGACAUUGAAUAAUAAUUCUCUGAUAUAUGUGGAUACACGCUCAGAAAUGAUGAUGGAUGAUCCAGAUAAUGAUCUUUCUGAACAAUAGCAAUGGGACAAAUUGAAUACGCGAUAGACAUGCAUAAUUUAAUCUUAAUGAGACUCAUGACUAAUAAAAAAAAUUAUUUUACAUUACACCUAAAAUAUUCAUUAUUCAAAAGUCCGUGAUCAGGAGUCGACUCAGGUUUACUAAAUGUUUCCUUUUUUAAUUGGGGGUAUGUUCCAUUCGGCUUCGCAACUCUCGCAUUAAUGCUUUUGCCUCUUCAAGUUCCAAAUCACCAUUCAAAAUCUCACUGACAUACAUUUCUGCUUGUCUAAAAUUUUUUCGACUAAGUUCUCUCUUUGCUAGCCACAUUCUGGCUUUAAUGGUUUCCGGCGUCAUAUCACCUUCUUCUUCACUUCGGAUACAUUCUUUAUACAUUGCGGAAGCAGUAUCCAAGUCGUGUAAUUCUUCAUAAAGGUUACCUAAACGCAUCAAGAUAGAACUGUUUAUGGGAGACCCAAGUAAAGCUCGUUUAUAAGCUUUGAUGGCUUCUUGCGGCCGUUGAAUUUUUUCGUAACAAUUUCCCAAUGCCUGCCACAUUCGUUGGUCGUAAGGACGAAGAGCGGUAGCACGUUGGAAGUAAUAAAGAGCGUAAAAAUGCAUAUCUAAAACCUCAUAAGUUUGACCAAGACCAUACCACGCCCGGUAAUCUUUUCUGUUGACAUCGACAGCUAAGCGGUAGGAUUCUAUAGCGGCAUGUGUGUUUUUUAAUUCAACAUACUCAUGUCCCAUAAGAGUCCAAGCAGCCAGGUAAUUUCGAUUCAGUCGUAUUGCUCUCUUAAAAUACGUAACUGCCUUUUCAUGUUCGGAUAAUAAACUAUAAUAAUUUCCGAUAAUUGAACAGGUCUCUGGGCGGAAUUUGUCUAUGGUCGAAGCUACUUGAGCCAAGAACCCUAAUUUUGAUUUUCUUUCUAAUACAAAUAGAACAUUGGAAUAGGUAUCCAUGUCGUCUAAACGAUAAGGAUCGCUUUUCAAGAUGUCUUCAAAUAAUUCUUCGGCAUCAUCAAAGUCUAGAAGGCAAGAUUAGAGCAUGCUUGUAUUUUAGAUUCGUACCUCUUGUAUCGUAUGCUAAUAAAGCACGCUGUACUUUUAAAUGGCGGCUUGAGGGAAACAAGGAAUCUACCUCGGCCAGCCUUUCAUAGACAGAACCGUUGAUUUGGUGUAGCUCAUGAGAUGCAUAAACAAUAAAUACUUUAGUCAUUACAUGAUCUUUCGAAAGACGACGAAUGAUACUGGCCAAAAUCUCUGGGCUAUCUAAACACAAUGACAGUUCUUGCCAUGCUGACCAAAAGUAGGGGGUUUUACGGAUGCAAGUGAGGAGAUAUUCAAUGGCUUUUGGAUACUGCUUCCUUCUUCUGUUAACCACGCCGCUAAGGUAUAGUAGAUAUGGAUCCUGAUUCCCCUGUUUAAGUACACUAUCCAAGGUCUCCGAUAUGGAAUAGAGCUCACGACUCGAAGAAGAGGCUGGAUAAAUAGAAGUAGUAACGGUAUCCGCUUCCUCUUCUAUUUUUUUUUCUCCUGAUAAAUAUUUACUGUAAAGCUGCAAAAAGAGCGAUUUUGAAGACUUGCAGUUUUGAAGUGUGUAAGCAGCUCUUUCAAAUUCUUUACAGUCAAAAUACGCUUUGGCCAGUAUGUAAGUAGUGUCUUCCUUAAAUUCUAAGAUGCGCUCAUUUGUGGUAGCCGUGUCUUCUUCAAGCUCAGCGGUCGGAGUGGAAGAAAAAGGAGCAUCAAGGGUGUUUGCGGGUUUCAAACCGGCAAGCAUCUCAGCGGCCCUAUUUCAUAAUUAGAAUUAAAUCAACUAUUAUGAGAU